AGAACGCAGUCUCUUCAAACACCAACAAACCUCUCUAAUCCCCUGUUUCUUUCUCUUGAUUUUUCACUGUAGAUUCACAAAUAAUGGCCGAUCAGCUCACUGAUGAUCAGAUCUCCGAGUUCAAAGAAGCCUUCAGCCUGUUCGAUAAGGAUGGAGAUGGUUGCAUCACUACGAAGGAGCUCGGAACAGUUAUGAGGUCUCUUGGGCAAAACCCAACAGAGGCUGAACUCCAAGACAUGAUCAACGAGGUCGAUGCUGAUGGAAAUGGGACCAUUGAUUUCCCUGAGUUUCUUAAUCUGAUGGCUAGGAAGAUGAAGGACACAGACUCUGAAGAAGAACUGAAGGAAGCUUUUAGGGUUUUUGAUAAGGACCAAAAUGGCUUCAUUUCUGCAGCUGAGCUUCGUCAUGUUAUGACAAAUCUUGGUGAGAAAUUGACAGAUGAAGAAGUUGAUGAGAUGAUUCGUGAGGCUGAUGUUGAUGGCGAUGGUCAGAUCAACUAUGAGGAAUUCGUCAAGAUCAUGAUGGCCAAGAUCCGAAGAAAGCGACGAAAGAGAAGAAAGGAAGUAGCCAUGCAAUCAAGAGUCAAGUCCUCAAGGAGUGGUUGGAGAAAGGCUCGUGGGAGUUGUAUUGUACUUUAAAUGUGUCAUUCAUAUCUCCUUUUCAAAAUAAAAUUUAUCUGAUCGAAAAUAAUGAGAUCGUCCUAGGUUGCAUUGGUACAUCAA